AUGCCUGUUGACUGUCAACGAUCAACGUCGGGUGGAAAAGGGAACCUGGGGAUGUUUAUUGAAAGAGAUCGGAAAGUUUGUGCUGCUGGUUUACCCACCGCUCAACCUGAUGACAAAGUAGCAGAUUCUUUAGAACAUUACCUCUUAAAAGACGAAGUUGAUGCUCUUUUAAGUGACACUAUUCAUCCGCCGAAGCCACCGAGACCAUUACCACCGCUUCGGAAACCAAUACCAUUAGAUAAGCGAUUCGCUGGACCAUUCGGUCAAGUCGCUGCUCUUGUUAACCCUCCCAAUAAAUCUAAAUUUCAGAUUUUAGUAGACGAUUUAAAAGAUACACCUUAUGCGUCUUACUGGAAAAAACCUCUUGGUAUGGUAAAAGACCCUGUGCCUAUGUUACCUGAUGGAUUUGAUACUAAAAAUACAACUUUUGGAAGAAAAACUCCAUAUCAUGGUCGCCUUUAUGAUAUAGUGAUGCCUAAAGUGCCAUAUCCUGAUAAAACACCAGACUACAAAAAACCUGGUGUUCAGAAGAAAUACACAUAUUGUAUGCCUCCUUUUAAUCCUGAUUUGACGUUUGGACAUAGGACUUACGUCGAUAAGCGGGGAACAUAUGCCAGAUGCUGUGUAACUGAUGAUAGAGUAAAAUUGGGUAAAGCUAAUCAUACAUUGGUUAAUACAAUACAAGCAAAUAUGCAAGAUAUUAAACAACCAAGAGUUGGCAAGGUUUUAGCUCCAAAUGAUAAUAUUCUAAAUGUUCCGGUAGGUUAUCAAUUUGGGAAACUUAAGCCUCCUGAUAAUCUACCUGAAUGCCUUACAUUUUGUGAAUUGAAUUCUGGUAGACAUUUCUUUAUGCAAUGUCUCAAGCAUUUAAAUUCUCUUCGUAAAGUUUUAUCUAGACGGUUUUUACCAACAUUUUAUAGAACAUUUUAUUUAAAUUUAAAAUAUUACGAUCAAGAAAAAACAGGGUGGUUACCUAAACAUGUUGUUUACCAAUAUUGUGGAACCCAACUUAUACGUUUUGAUCCUCGUUUAAUAGAACCAUUGUUAGAGAUGUGGAAUGCAUUUGAUGGAUCUAAUAUUGAGUAUAAAACAUUUGUACAUGUCCUCAAUUACAGAGAACCAUCUUCAGAAAUGCCUCAUAUUCCCGACUUACCAAAGGAUUGCCUCGAUUUUAGAACAACCUAUACGGAAAUGGUGAAGCCAAAUCAACCUCCAAAUAACGCUCCAAUGGCUGGUUUGCCCUCAGGAAGAUAUUUUGAUUUAGAUUAUCCUAUCACACCAAAUCUAUGUGUUAAGGCUAUAAGGACUUGUCUACCUCAAGAAUCUGAUAUGAAAUCGUGUCUUAAUCCCAGUAUUCUUACUAUGCAACAAGUCAAUCAUCGAGACUUGUAUGCUAAGCGUGAACCAAGUGUAGUAAGAAGAGUAUUUGAAGCUGCUGGUGAAAAGUUUACCGAUGACAGUUUUAAUGUUAUUUGGGAAGAGGCCAAAAAGUUUCAUUCAGAGGGGUGGGUAUGUUAUGAAACAUUCCGAAGAGCAUUAGAAGCUGCUCCUAAACAAGAUGUGGGGAAAAAUCUUUAG